UAUGGUAAACCCAGCAUGAGAGCCCGUGCAUUAGGUUUUUUUAGCAUUAUUAUAAUUGUAAAUAAUGUUAACGCUGGGGGGGAUGCUGAAUCAUCGAUCCGCUUUAAAAGAAAUCGGCGUUUGGGUUACGUUGGUAUUCCAACAAAACACCGACUGGCACUUCGUUCCGUCGAGGAUGAAAUACGGCAUAAUAUGGAAUAUAUGCACUCGUCUAUUCUGCAAUUUAAAAGUGAUGUCAAUAAAUUGAAGUCUUACAUACCCGAAAUACAAAAGUUUGAACAGCUUUUGGCCGAUUGUGAAGCUAUGGAAACACGUUGGUACUUACCAACAACGCCAACACCUUCAGUUGUAAAUGGACCGACGUAUCCUACAGAACCUCCAGGAUACAACCAAAUGUUCUGGUACGAUCCAUCCAAAGUUAAGCACAUCAGGCACCACCACAAAAACCACAACCGUCACCACCGACACAACAGUCACCACCGACAUGAUCAUAAAGAACAUUCCAAGCAUCAAUACAGUCAUUCUUCUGAAGAUCAGACUAGAUCCAAGCAACAAUACCAUACGUCCUCGGAAGAUCAGACCGUAUAA